AUGUUAUUAAAAAUGGGUACCAGAAAUGAACAACACUCUUCUAAUGACAGUAGAAGUGAAGAAAUGGAAGAAUCUUUUCUCAAUUCACGGAACGAAUUAAGUAAAAUAUUCCAUUUAAGAGAUUUUGUUAAAGAUAGAGAAGAUUUUUGGCUUUUUACAAAGAAGUAUGAAGUUGUACAGCGGAAAGCAAAAAGUAUUAAAAAGAAUAUAGACAGGGAUAAAAUCAACAGUCUAUUAAUUGAGAAUUUAAUUUUAAGUGAUGAAGAAAAAACAUUUUUAAAAAAUGUUGCCAAGCAUGAUGCAUUUAAUUUUAAAAGGGAUAGCUUAGUUUCUUUUCAAACUAUUUUGUUAAGCUAUUUAGAUUUUAAACAAAAAGAAAAUACUGCUAAAGUCAAAAAGAUUAAAGAAAUGCAAGAAAAUUUACCUGUCUUCAAAUUCAAAGAGCAGAUAGUUGAAGCAGUGAAAAACAAUAAGGUAACAAUCAUUGCUGGUGAUACAGGUUGUGGUAAAUCGACUCAAGUUCCUCAAUAUUUGUUGAAUGCUGGUUUUGAGAAAAUCGCAUGUACGCAACCAAGAAGAUUGGCUUGUAUUUCGUUAUCAAAGAGAGUUUCUUAUGAAACAAUGAAUAAAUUUGGUGAACAAGUUGGUUUCCAAAUCAGGUUUGAAAAAAAUCGAAGGAAAGACACGAGGAUUAUUUUUAUUACUGAAGGGUUGUUACUUAGACAGGUAGGCAGUGAUGGACUUCUUUCCGAGUAUGAUGUCAUUCUUCUCGAUGAAAUUCAUGAAAGGCAUCUUCAAGGAGAUUUUUUACUUGGUCUUCUGAAAUGUGUACUUAUUCAAAGGCCCACCUUAAAACUCGUUCUGAUGUCUGCUACUAUCAAUAUUCCUCUAUUUGAAUCCUAUUUUGGUGAAGAAGCUGCUACCAUACAGGUUCCUGGAAGAGUAUAUCCAAUAUCAGUUAAUUACAUGCCUACAACUCCAGCUGAAAUAAAAGCGGAAAGAUUAGAUCCAGGGCCAUACAUCAGAGUAAUGCAGAUCAUUGAUAAGAAAUAUUCAAGUAAUGAGAGAGGUGACUUACUAAUAUUUGUGAGUGGAACAAACGAGAUCAAUACGGUCAUAGAUGCAGCCCAGAGAUAUAAUGAGAAGAUUAACAAAUGGAUUAUACUUCCACUACACAGCUCACUUUCCAUUGCUGAACAAGACAAGGUAUUUGAUUACGCUCCUGAUGGCAUGCGUAAGUGUGUUGUUUCCACAAACAUUGCUGAAACUUCGAUUACGUUAGAUGGAGUGAGAUUUGUUAUGGAUUCAGGAAUGGUUAAAGAAAUGUCAUAUGAUCCUGUUUUAAGGGUGCAAAGGCUCAAAGAGUUCUGGGUUAGCAAAGCUUCAGCUGAACAAAGGAAAGGAAGAGCUGGAAGAACUGGACCUGGUGUUUGUUAUAGACUCUACAGUGAAGCAGAUUUUAGUGCAAUGGCAGAUUAUACCACCCCAGAAAUUCAGCGUGUGCCUUUGGACUCUCUUCUAUUACAGAUGCUGUCCCUUGGUCUUCCUGAUGCACGAAAAUUUCCUUUUCUUGAGCCUCCACCAGCUGAAAAUAUUGAAAAUACUAUUUUGGCCCUGAAGCAACAUGGUGCUGUAAGUGAAAAUGAAAAACUUACUCCGAUCGGUUCCUUACUUUCCAGGUUGCCUGUUGAUAUUCCUUUAGGAAAAAUGUUGAUUUGUGGCUCAAUGUUUCAUCAAAUAGAACCUGUUCUAUCUCUUGCUGCUGGGAUGUCCGUACAAACCCCCAUUGUGGAUAAGACAAUUUCUCGUGAAGUUGAGGUCUUACGGGAUGAAUUGGAAUCAGAUCAUGGUGAUCCGAUUGGUUUGUUGAAAAUGUAUGGAGCAUGGCUGGAAGUAAAAGGAUCUAGCCGAGGUAGUGAUUCUCGGAAAUGGUGCAAAGCUCGGAAAUUGGAGGAGCAGAGGUUUUAUGAAAUGUCAAAAAUUCGAAAGCAGUUCAAAACACUUUUGCAAGAGUGUAACCUGAUGAAAGAAAAUGACUCUGGUGAAAAAAGUCGUUCUGAAAGAGCUCUUAGAACUGGAGAAAUGAGAGUAUUAAAAAGAAUGAGGGCAGAAGCUGAGGAAAAAGAAAUGUCAAGAAAAAGAAAGAUUCUCAGACCAUGGGGUGGCACAGAAGAAGAUUAUGGAUCUGACAAAAGAGAUAUAGAUUUCAGAAUAAUGAAUAAUCAGUCUCAGUUAAAUGAGCUGAUCGAAAGGUCCAAAGUUGGCAGUUAUAGAGAUUUGACUCUUCUUAAGGUUAUUCUCUGCUCUGGCUUAUACCCACAAGUUGCUAUCCCAGACAUAUUUAAUCAGGCAAAGGGUGUAAGCGAACAACUGUUUCAUACAAAAGAGAAAGGAUACGUCUUUUUACAUCCAUUGUCAUAUUUCGGUCGACAUUCAGAUGCUUUACAGAUAUCAGAAGCAGAUUUAGCUGGAGGAAGUAUGAAGCAAGCUCUCACUUCUAAACAUCAAGUUCUCUUUUACAUGUCAUUAUUGGAAACUAAUCGACCUUAUUUAGUGAAUUCUGUACGUAUGCCUGCCGCUCAAACACUGCUACUGUUUUCUCAUAAAUUGCAUACAAAUGCAGAUUUUUCAAGGAUUAUUUGUGAUUCUUGGAUUGAAUUAAACUUUCCAGAAGGCAUGAUAUCUGAAAAGCUUUUAUUGAAAGUAAUCAAACUCCGUCUUCAGUGGGAAGAGUUACUACAGAUACGUCUUCAAGAAUUAGACGGCCAGAAGUUGGAACGUGAACUGUCAGAAGGGUUGCUGACACUGAUGAGAAGUGAAGUAGCUUACAGGAUGAAGAGAUUGCUACCUGCCGAUACUGCUACUUUAUAUCUUGGGCCUGGAGGAUCUAUAAGCUCUGGAUCUAACCCUUUUGGCCCUGACCCUCUAAAGCCAGAUCCAGAAGUGGGUGGAGUUUCUUUGAACUCAUAUCUCACAUAUGACUGUUUGGUUGAUGAUGUCGCCUAUAAGAUGUGGUCGUGUCCUCAUUGUGACUUGUCUGCUCCCAUCUCUCCUCUUGAAAGGCAACGUCAUUUGUCUGAACUCCAUUCAGAGAAAGCUCCAGAUGUAGAAGAGCAAAUAGAUGUAUCUCCAAGGAAAAGUAAUAGUAUAAAAUACGACUGUCCUGAAUGUAAAAAAAGUCUAUUCUUAACGCCUACAGAAAUUCUAAAACACAAAAAGUCUCAUCUUUCAUUAUAA